AUGCCUGCAGUUAUGUAUUCAUUGCUUCAAUACAAGCAUAUAGUCCAUUAAUUUAUGAACUAUUUUGCUAAAUCAAUUUAAUGGUAAGCAUAUUUGCUGGAACUAGUUUAGUCACUUAAAAUCUUACAUUCUGUUCUUAUUGAAGAAUAACUUUGAGGGAAUAGCAAGAAAAAAAUUACCUCUCAUACUUAAUGCUAUUUCAUGGUUUACAAUGAUUUCUGAAACUUUGAUAACAAAAUUUUUUCAUUAACAUGGAUUGUCAUUAUUGGCAAUUAUAGAUUAAAGUAUAAUCCUGGAUUUGAUUUGGGUGGGUAAAUUUUUGUAAGUACUCUCCUGUCAGUUUAUAUAACGGUAUCUAUCAAGAAAGGCUCUUUCUUAGAAUCAAGGAUAUCUAAAUUUGAUAGGACAAGUACUCAAAAUUAUUCUUCAUAUAUAAUAUCUUAAUUUUGUAGAUAAUUAACUCAAGCAAUAAGAUAUAUCUUAGUUAGACUUAAUUGCUCGAUAUUCAAAAAUGAAUUACAAUUGA